GGUGUUCCAAGUUGUUCAUUUCCAACGACGCCAUCCGUGCGUGUCCGCAACACGGGCGAAGUUUUGGACCUCACACCACCACCACAUUCGCUUAUCCCUCACGGAAUUCACAUCGCGACAGCAAGUCUCGACGACUUGAUUGGCGGCUGGAAACACACUCGUUUGUGACUCGGGGAAACAAGUACUGAGAAGGCCAUCAAACAAAUCCUCCUGCGGCAAAACGCCAACGGCCCGAUACCUAUUUUUUUUUUCUCGCGCCGCGUUGAAUUGGCCAGUGUCCGUUGCAGUCGACACCAUGUAUUGGACAAAGGCGACCGCCCUUGCGGCAUGCGCUACGCUGGCGAGCGCCCACGGCGGCUCCGGCCACGAACAUCUCAUUCCGAGAAUCGCUGGUGAUGCCCGUGCGAUUGCCGACCUGAUCGGCCGGGAUGGUGCCCUCACGCAGAUGCACAACCUUCAGUCAAGGGGUGCUGGUCUUGAGAGACGGCAGUCGGCGAACCCUGAGAGAUGUGGUGAGGGUGUGGGCAAGUGCCAGGAGGGCUACUGUUGUUCGUCAGCAGGAUGGUGCGGAAACACAGAGACCUACUGCUGGGCCCCGGAUUGUCAGAUCAACUUUGGAGACGGCUGCGACGGCAACCAGAAGCCCAAGGGCAAGGACACUUCGGACGUGAAGCGGCCGAAGCUGGGCAAGGUGCCAUACGGGCCCGAGAUCUACAACUGUGCAAGAAACGGCGACAUUGCCAUCACCUACGAUGACGGUCCCUUCCUGUACACGGGGGACCUGCUCGACAUCUUCAAGAAGUUUGGCGCCAAGGCGACCUUCUUCAUGAACGGCAACAACAAGGGCAAGGGACACAUCAACGACCCGACCAAGCAAUGGGCCGACAUGAUCAAGCGCAUGGCCGCCGAGGGCCACCAGGUUGCCAGCCACUCGUGGUCCCACCAGAACUACACGCAGCUCACGCAGGAGCAGUUCCGCAACCAGCUCAUCUGGAACGAGAUUGCCAUCAACGACAUUCUCGGAUACUUUCCUACUUACUACCGGCCCCCGUAUUCCAUCUGCCCUGACACGUGCAAGAAGACGCUGGAGGAGCUGGGCUACCACAACGUCCACUUUGUCCUCGACACCAACGGCCUGGCCAACGACGACCCGCUCAAGAUUGGCCAGAGCAAGGCCAUCUGGGACGACGCGAUGAACGCCAACAGCGCCUGCAACCAGUCCUACAUCCACAUCGAGCACGACCUCCAGGUCCAGACCGUGUACAACCUCACCGCUUACAUGCUCGAGUCGCUCUACAAGAAGGGCUACCGCUCCGUCACAGUCGGCGAGUGCCUUGGCGACCCCGCCGAGAACUGGUACCGCAGCGGCAGCGGCGCGCCGCUGCCAAAGUACAGCUUCCCCGUCAAGGAGAACGUUUGUGAUGGUAGCUCGCCGCCCAGCAUGACCUUUACUUAUGGUGCGUAUUUCUUUCAAUCACGAUAACUUGAUCACCAAUGACGAAUCGAGAUUCUAACACAUACGGAUUGACAGAGCCGACCCUGCCCACUUUCCU